AUGAAUGAUAAUCAAUCACUACAAACAGAUUUAAUACUACAAAAAAUGAUUGAUGUAUUGAACAAAUUUGAAGAAAAAAUUCAAGAUAAGAUUGGUCGUUUGGAAUCGAAAUUCGAUCAAAAGUUCGACCGAUUAUCUCAAAAGGUUGACAAUCUUUAUGAGCGUGGUGCUGCAUCUUCCAUAUUGUUCCACUUCAACACCCAUCAUUAUCUCGAUGCACCAUUUUCACCAACGAGUCGAUUAUUUGAUUCUCAUUUUUCAGAGAAGUCAAAAGUGUCAUUUGGAUUUUUUGCUCAAGAAAUUCAUAAGCGGUAUUCUCAUUUGUGGACAAAUAUUUAUGAACAAAUGGAUGUAUCUUUACGACCGAAACAAAUCGAAGUCGAUGUACUUGGAUUUGCCUAUGAAAAAACUACUAACACAAUAAUGAUUGGCGAAGUAACUACAUCAAUUAUUGAUUUUGAUCAUCAAUAUUUGGUUCAACUUGAACAGGCCAAUUCAAAAUUAUAA